AUGGAGAAACAGGAAAGCGAGACCAAUUUGCAACAACGGUCGACGGCAACUAUGCCGCCGCCACCCGCACCUGUAGGAGGUGGCCCAGGAAUGCCACCGCGCGCAGACUCCAUAUCGAUGUACACGAAUUUUAACGCGCCCCGGCCUUCGACGGAUGCUUCGCUGUCGUCGUUCCUGAACAUAACAGAGGGGCAGAACCAAAACGCGGGGCCGGGCCCUUCCCAGUCACUGCAGCAGUCGCAGCAGCGGCCGCUAAACCAUCUACAACAGUCACAACAGCAGCCACAAUCACAGCAGGCGCAGGCCCAGCAGGGAUCAAGCCAAGCUCCGCGCCCUGACUUUGGGCCGUAUAGCAGGGGGUAUUCCAUCAUCAGCAACUUCUGGCCUGGCAGCUCUUCUGCAGGCCCAAACCACGGCCCUCCUGCGCCUCACGAAGCAGGUGGUCAGUUUACCACUACGCGGCGCCAGAGCGAACAACUGGAACCAUUCAUGCCUCGCUUCAAAACACCAAGCUUUUCCUCGGGAAGAUCGGGAUCGAACCAAAUGCAACAGCCGCCGGUGCCUCCGCCUAGCGGCCGAGGCAGUGACUUGUUGAUACCGGGGUCCAAGCGGAACUCUAUUUUCUUCGGUGGUACUGACCCGUCAGAUAUAGACUUUUUUAACCCGGGCAAGCGAGAUUCUCAAGUAAUGAUGAGGCCACCACAUAUCCUGCCGCAACGGAAUAGUUCUUCGGGAAUUCUUGGAAUUCCCCGCACUGGAAACAGCUUGAACGGAACUGGUACAGGAGACGCCGGUGUCCCCCCUCCAGCAGGCGAUUCAGAUUUAGAUGCUAUAUUCAACCAGGGCUUGAAUUCUCGCAAAAACUCUAUGAAGUUUUCUGCAGAUGACUUCGACUUCGACUUCAAAAGACGCGAUUCUUCUUUAAGAGGUACUUUAGACAAUAACGCUUACGUGCCGUCGGCUCCGCUAAUACCUAACAGUGCCAAGCCAACCGGUAUGAACGAUCUUAAUGCUAAGAAAAAUAGUGGUAGGGACUCACCGACACAUAAGGCUGCCGAUGAAGAUGUCGAGGCUCGUAUUCAUAAGCACUUGACUCCAAUGCUCCAAGGAGAUAACAACGAAGCUACACUUAAACAUGAAGACGACGGGUCAAAAAAGAGGCGUAAAGUCGAUGAAAAGCCAUCAACAGAAAAAUCAGAUUCAAUGAAAAACCUGAUGAAUUACCUCGAGCCCAGGGACCCACUAUUGGUAUCAGAUGACGGCAGGCCGCUUCUCGGUGCAACAAAGGUGGACCAAUUAAUGCUCAUGAUUCAAGCCCGCAAAAAAGGUGUAACUGAUCGCAUCCCUCGUAGUGCUGACGGGUCGUUACUCUUGGAGGAUGCGCCUUCCAUUAUUCCACCUGCCAGUGAAUUAGUUGGUGGCGUUGAAAAACCCAAGGCCCGCGGAGCCAAGCAACACGAAUGCCCUUACUGCCAUAAGUGUUUCACCCAAUCAACGCACUUGGAAGUGCAUGUUAGGUCUCAUAUUGGAUAUAAACCGUUUCAAUGUGAGUAUUGUGGAAAACGCUUUACACAAGGUGGCAAUCUUCGGACUCAUGUCCGUUUACAUACAGGCGAGAAGCCUUAUGAGUGUGAAAAAUGCGGCCGAAGGUUUUCUAGGAAGGGAAACCUAGCCGCUCAUAGACUAACUCAUGAAAAUUUGAAACCUUUUCACUGUAAGCUCGAUGGCUGCAACAAGAGCUUUACGCAAUUAGGAAACAUGAAGGCGCACCAAAAUCGCUUCCAUUUACAAACCCUAAACGAACUCACGCAAAGAUUAGCCGAGAUGGACCCUAACGAGAACAUAGCGCCAGCAGAGAAAGAGCUUCUUGAUUAUUUUGCUGACCUCUAUAAGAACUCCAACAGGGGUAUCAAAGGUAGAGGUAAAGGGAACACGCGGGUAGCUCCUGCCGUAAUAGCGCCUACUAUGAAAACUCCUCAGGAUGCGCCCACAAACCAAAGUCUGACCAAGGUUCGAAACCAAGACGCCUCAUUAGUAGCUGCUAAGGCUUUAGACCCAACCAAACCUUUGCAUCCUGCAUCUCACUCUGAUCUAACCUAUAAUAUGUGCGCGCCUAGAAAUGAUGGGAACGCUCCCAUUCCUCAAGAGCCUAGAUCCGAUCCCGCUAGUACUGCAUCAGUCCCAGAAACUAACGAGUUCACGUUCGCUUUGGAUCAAGAUAUGAAAGUUGAGCCUAACGCUUCUUUCCACAACAACACCAACGGUAACUCAGAUGUGCAUUUCAAAAACGUGUCUUUUCAUAGUUGA